CUAAUUGCUCCUUAGAUUUUACACUUCUCUCUCUGUUGCUCUCUCACUAAUGGGUGACAUUACUCACCCUCCCAUGGACCAGCUGCAGGACCUUGAGUACUGCAUUGAUUCCAAUCCCCCAUGGCCUGAGACGAUCCUGCUAGCGUUUCAAAAUUACAUACUAGUGGUCGGAAGAAGUGUGAUGAUUCCAUCAUUUCUCGUCCCAUUGAUGGGCGGAUCAGAUGCUGAUAAAGCACUUGUCGUGCAAACUUUGCUUUUCGUAUCUGGCAUCAAUACACUUCUUCAGUCACUAUUCGGGACUAGAUUACCUGCCAUCGUUGGAGGCUCCUUCACUUAUAUCGUUCCCAUAAUGUAUAUUAUUAAUGACGUGUCACUGAAACCGUUCGCUAAGCCUCAUGAUCAAUUUAUACACACCAUGAAAGCCAUACAGGGAGCUUUAAUUAUCGCCUCGACCGUACAAAUAAUUAUUGGCUACAGCCAGUUAUGGGGUCUCUUUUCACGAUUUUUCAGUCCUCUCGGAAUGGCUCCUGUCAUUGGCUUGGUCGGAUUGGGCUUAUUCCAACGAGGAUUUCCUGAGCUAGGGAACUGUGUCGAGAUUGGUUUGCCGAUGCUUUUACUUGUUAUCGGCUUGUCACAGUAUAUGAAGCAUCUCAAGAUAGUGAGGGACUUCCCAAUCUUCCAGAGGUUUCCCGUAUUGAUUUGUGUUUCGAUUAUUUGGGUAUACUCUCUCGUUCUAACGGUUAGUGGAGCUUACAAUAAAAGCCCAGAGCUUACACAAAAGAGUUGUCGUGCAGACAGAUCCGGCCUUAUAACCAACGCCCAAUGGUUUAAGUUCCCGUAUCCUCUGCAGUGGGGCGCGCCUACUUUUUCAGCAGGCUAUUCGUUUGCCAUGGUGGCAGCUGUUCUUGUCUCAAUAGUUGAGUCAACUGGAGCAUACAACGCAGCAGCUCGUCUCGCAAUUGCCACCCCACCUCCUGCCUACGUACUCAGCCGGGGCAUUGGUUGGCAGGGCAUAAGUGUAAUGCUGCAUGGGCUCUUUGGAACGUGCAGUGGCUCAACCGUAUCAGUAGAAAACGUGGGCCUUCUUGGACUGACUCGAGUUGGAAGCCGUAGAAUCAUUCAACUUUCAGCCGCAUUCAUGAUAUUCUUUUCCGUAUUAGGGAAAUUUGGAGCGGUUUUUGCAUCCAUACCAUUACCAAUCUUUGCUGCACUACAUUGUGUUCUGUUUGGCCUCGUUGGUUCGGUUGGCUUGUCGUUUCUUCAGUUCACCAACAUGAAUUCCAUGAGGAACCUCAUGAUCACCGGCCUCUCGCUGUUCCUUGGCCUCUCGAUCCCUGAGUUUUUCAGCAACUAUUGGACCAAAGAUCACGGGCUCGUCCACACAAAUGCCGGAUGGUUCGACGGCUUCUUCAACACCUUCUUCAUGUCGCCCGCCACCAUCGCGCUGAUUGUGGCCGUGUUCCUUGACAACACACUGGACGUUGAGAUGUCGAAGAAGGACCGUGGCAUGCCGUGGUGGGUGAACUUCCGGACGUUCAAGGGCGAUAAACGAAACGAGGAGUUCUACACAUUGCCAUUCAAUCUCAACAGAUUCUUCCCUCCUACAUAGAUUGGUUGGAUUCAUUAUUGAGGCAUAGGUUCCUUUUUUUGAAGAAAUGUGCCAAUUUUGGUUCAAUCAACCAUUUUUGGAAGGUCUUUUGUUUCUUGGCCUCCUGUCUUAAUUGUUGUUUUAUCUCUCUUCAUUUUUCAAUUGUCAAAGAGUUGAGUUUUAGCUUUGCUAUCUCUUAUUUUAGUGCAUGUUCAUUGUUUCUCAAGUCCAAUUGAAAAAAAAACUU